AUGGCAUUCCAAACACCCUUCAAAACACCCCAGGAUCUCCUCAACACCUUCACACACCUUACCAUCAAAAUGUCUUCCCACGCCCCUUACAUCCCAAGCUGCACUGGCCGCACUGGUACCCUCAUCGUGUAUCCUGCGAACGGCAGCGUAGCUCAAGUAUUCCACAGGAAGGGCAUCACCUUCCGCCACGCAGAGGUGCAUUACAGGUCUUUCCUAGGCCAAGGUAGCCAUGUUUACGACCGUGCCAUCAUCGCCUUCAUGGAUGACGGUGGUCCGAUCCCGACUCCGUAUGACUUCGUUGAUGGGGUCUAUCUAGGGUCUAAGGAUUUCGAUGGACGGAUAUGGUACGGCACCAUGGAGUGGCAGCAGUACCAGCUACACAGGCCUAUGCAUGGCAAGCAGCCAAUGCAGAUGCAAUAUCCACAGACAGGUACUGUGGGCUCUAUCCAAGCCGGUUCGGGCAUGGCCGUUCAACAACAACGGCCACAGAACCGCCCCACCGAAGGCCAGAUGGCCAAUUCACCUAUUGUCAUUGAAGACAACGAUAGCGCGUCUCAGAAUCCCGUUCCGGCUCCGAAAGAGCCUUCUCUAGAGCCAGCUCCACCAUGCCAUCUCCAGGAGCGCAUGGUGCACCUCAAGGCCUGCAUUCUUAGAACUGGUGUGACCAUGCGUAAGGCGGAGAUGGAUUGGCUUCAAUCCAUGCGGAAUGCACCAAGGGGCCAGAAGCAAGAGUACUGCCGCCUAUUUUGGCCUUCGAAUGAGCAGGCUGAGGCAGACUUGACCUGGGCUGCAAAGCACUUCAAAGACUUCAGCGAGGCGAACGUCGAGCGCUUAGCUGUUGAAGGAAAGAAGAAGGAGGGUCUUAUUUGGGAGAAAGAUGGACAGGAGAUCGAGGCGAAGUGGCUUGCGAAGAUUCAAGAGCGCAAGAAUGCGAAAUCGCCAGAGGCGAUCAAGGCUGAGAAGAAGAGGAAGGAGGAUGAUGCUAAGAGGGAAGCUAGAGUAGCGGAGCUUGCAGAGCAGAAAGGGCUUCGCGAAGAAGAGAAGAAGAGGAAAGCUGAGGAGAAGAAAGCAGUGCGUGAAGUUGAGAAGCGUGCAGCUGCUGAAGAGAAGAAGCGGAAAGCAGCACCCGCCUCUGAGGCGCCUUCGAAAAAGCGCAAAAUUGAUGCGCAUCUGCCAACGCCUAUUGCAACAGACGAUGAGGAGAUGGUCGAUGGUGAUGGCCUUGGAGCUGCCAUUGAGUAUGGACUUCUAGAAGCGUUUGGUGAUGAAGAUAGCCUUGAAGCCGAUAGUUCAGCUCAGGUUGGUGAUGAAGCGAUGGCAGACGAUGAUGGCCUCCUUGCCCUAGCUAUGGAGAGCCUUGAAAAUGGGGAAGUGGAGGAGGAGUCGGACGACGAGUCUGAUGCCGACGACGAUGAAGCCGAAGCCCAAAAUUGCAUCGGCACCAGUAUCGACAACGCUAUCCGCACAGCGCGGCAAGAAGAACUGGCUUCGAAGCCACAGACUCAGGCUGAUAUGCCUCAGCAGCAGCUCACACCUGCUCCAAAACCAAACACUCAGGAUCCUGAUCCUGAAGAGGACGACGAGUCCGAUCCCAACUUCCAGGUAGUCACUGGAGAUGCGAGUGAGGGCGAGGACGAAAGUGAAGAGGAGGAGGAAGCACAGCGAGAGGACGACAUAAACUCGCUCUUCGACUUAGAAGCUGGCGAGGACUUAGAAGCUGGUGAGACAAGUGAUGAGGAAAGUGAGGAGGAGGAGGAGGAAGAGGAAGAGGAAAAACCAAGUAAGGUCCUCUCGGCGAAGGAAAUGGCACGUCAGGCACUCGACGCGCAGAUUGAGGAGUUGAAGGGCAGGUGUGACAAGUCGACCAACCAGCUCAUGAAGAAGAGAUAUCAGCAGAAGAUCAAUGAUCUGAGGAAUGAGAGGCUCGAGUACAUGUAA